AUGAAGCUCUUGAGCUUACCUCGAGGCAUCCAAUUGCUUGGAGCGGUCCCCUUGCUAUUGCUUCUACUCUUUUAUCGCUGGCAUUACACCACCAUCCCCGCCAAUAUCUGCCUGAAUCAUCAGUAUACCGUGGAGAUUGUCUCACAGAGCCCAUUAGUUAUAUACAUCAAUAACUUUCUCUCAGAGAAGGAGGUAUCAUGGCUCUUGGAACAAGGGUUCGUUACUCGAAACGCUAUUUUCCCCAUCGAUUCUAAGAGAAGAAAUGAAUAUAGGAAAUCACGGUAUCGACGAAUGUUGACAUACCAAGGCAACUCCCUCACCGAUAAGGCCUUACCCGACGAAAGAAAAACAUCCAGUGCUGCCUAUCUCUCCAAAUCCGACCCUGUAGUCGCGUGCAUCGGCCGACGGGCGCUUGAUUUCCACGGUGGAGCACAGCGAGCCCUGGGCGACUAUGGAAACCCACAGCUGGUAAAAUAUGAGCCCAAACAAUGGAAUGAUAUCCAUUUUGACUGGUGGAUGGAGCCUCAAAAUCGAUCUGGUCGGUUAUAUAAUCGGCGGACUACUAUUUUGGCCUAUCUGGAUGACAAUUGCACUGGAGGAGAAACUUCCUUCCCACUGAUCAAUGGCAUGAACGACUCGUGCACAGAAUGUCUAAAGUCUGAGGAAAAGUGCCGGUUUUGGACAGGCAAAAAUGGGCAGGGGAUGCUGUUCCCUCCACGAAGCGGGAAUGCUGUCUUCUGGGUCAAUCUGGAUGCUGAUGGGAAUGGAGAUGAGCGCACUCUACAUGCUGCCCUCCCUGUUGGAGAGGGAAGCAAAGUAGCGAUGAACUUUUGGCCGCCUCAAUAUUUUUAG